CUGAUGGUCUCUGUCACAUUUUAAUCAGCGCCGUCGGUCUGGGCGAGCACAGGAGCGGAGCUUUAAAGCAGGAGGGGGGCAAAAAAAACCGGAUAAAUAUAUUCACACACAUGAGCCCGUCGUUGAAGUUUGGGAUUUAUUCCGUUCGGGUUCUGUUCAGUCGAUUUUAUUUCCUGCUUUGGAGGGGAGCAAAGUAAGAGAAGGAGAUAGAUGUUCUAUAUAUGUAAUAUAUAUAGAGAUAAAGAGAGAAAGCCAGCCUUCCCACCCACCCCCGUGUAAAGGAAAUGCCCAUCGCGGCUACUGGUGCACCGCCAGCGACUCCCGAGCCCCGUGUGCGUCCCCGCGUGCCCAAGCGGGCCCCAGAAGGCGACUACGGUGCACCCGAGGCGGCCCUAGACGCGGACAGACUACCCUCCUCCUCUUCUCCUUUCUUAGUGGCACCUUCUUCUCCUCCAGCUCUCUCGCCCCACCCCAUGGCCACCGAGCCACCCCGGACUCGGUCCCGCUCGCGCUCCGGAUUCUACCAGAGCGCCGGCGCGAACGGCGGCGCUGGAAGUUCAGGCGCAAACCUUCAUCAUCUGCACCACCACCAUCACCAUCAGCAUCAACAACAUCAUCAACAGCACCAGAUCAGUGGUGCAUGCGCAGUGCUCGGGGCUCACCCUCAUCCGGAGAACCUGCGUCCACCCGCCGGGAUGCUCUCCCCGAGCGGACAUCGGCACCCGGGUCCCGGGGCACACAGGAGUCCUGGAGGAGCAGGAGCCAUGGGAGGAGUGUAUCACUAUCAUUCGGAGCCGUCCUGCGCAGACGCCACAGAUAAGACGGAGGACUCGCCCAGUCCAAAACGCCAGCGGCUCUCGCAGCAGUCUGUCCUUGAGCUGGCCUCUGCCCCGCCCUCCACGCCCUCGCCACCCAUCAGACCGUGGGAGCUUCCGCCCAGCCGCAGACCACACCCCUAUCCUCACUCACACUACCACUCGGAGCGCUGUCACACACCUGCCAGACACAGACGCAGUCCUCCGGCGAGGCGUCAGCGUGCCCGACGCGAGCGCCUCUCUCGGCUCCAUCACGGCUCCCCUGGUGGCCCCCAGGACGAGAACUACCGCCACCCUCUUCACUCGUACGGCCCUGCCGUGCCCCCUCACCCACCGGCGGGCACCGACGAGCCCCGCGCCUUCCACCCUCCUGCUCUGUCGCCACGGUUACUGCAUCCACAGCAGCAAGGCACCGUGGUCAUGGACCUCCACGAGCAGCUUCCUCAGGGUACAGUUCCUGUAUCGUACACCAUGUCUCCUGUGGCAGCCCACGCCCUCCCGCCUCCUCUCUGUACGGGACAGCAUAUCCCAGCAUGCUCCUCUCAGCAGCAGGUCCCCGCCUGCUCGGUGGUGUUCAGCGGCCAGCAGCACUACCCCGUCUGCCCGCCACCGAUGUUGCCUGCGUGUUCGGUGCAGCACUUGCCCGUGCCGUACGCAUUCCCGUCUCUGCUUUCCAGCGAUUCGACCUUCCUGCUCCACCCGCCACACCACCUCUCGCACCAUCACCAUCCGCCACACCUCGCCCCUCCCACACACUUCCUUCCCUUCCAGACACAACAGUCAAGAUCACCACUACAAAGGAUUGAGAACGAGGUGGAGCUUCUCGGAGAUCACCUGCCAGUAGGAGGCAGCUUUAACUACGCCCACUCGGGCCACCCCAGCCCCCUGCCUCCGUCCACGCCGCUGCAGUUCCUCUCACACGAUCCCCUGCCGCAGGAGCUUUUCAGCGUCCCGUAUCCACACUUCAUGCCUCGACGCAUCGCCGGUCGGCGGUAUCGCUCUCAGCAAGCCGUGGCUCCGCCCCCGUAUCAUCCCAGCCUCCUUCCGUACUUCCUAUCUGUUCUUCCAGUGCAGCCUACAGCGGUGGGGCCGGCCAUCAGCCUAGAGCUGGAUGUAGACGACGGCGAAGUGGAGAAUUACGAGGCUCUGUUGAACCUCGCUGAACGUCUCGGAGAAGCCAAACCGCGCGGUUUAACAAAAGCCGACAUUGAACAGCUGCCUUCAUACAGAUUUAACCCCAGCAACCACCAGUCUGAACAAACGCUGUGUGUGGUGUGCAUGUGUGACUUCGAGUCACGGCAGCUGCUCCGUGUGCUGCCCUGCAAUCACGAAUUCCACGCCAAGUGUGUUGACAAAUGGCUCAAGGCGAACAGAACCUGCCCGAUCUGCCGAGCCGACGCUUCUGAAGUCCAGCGGGAUUCCGAGUGACCCUUUUACACCCGUCUCACACACACACUCAUACUUGCGUACACACCCCAUCUCACCCGUUUCUUUUGGACUUUUUCCUCACACUGGACUUCCUUUAAGAAACACACACACACAUUUUCCCUCGCAACAGUAAAAGCUUUGUGAUUGGCUUCUGUUUGCAUCAUAUUGUGGUUCUCUGAAAAGAGCAAGCACAGAUGUCUGAACACACACACACACACACACACACACACACACACACACACUUAUACCGACCCCAAGAAUCCAAAGACGGUUCUCUGUUCAAAUUAGGACCCCCCCCCCUCCCCACAUCACUGCCAUUUCUUUCCUCUUUAUUAUAUUAUUUGUUCUAUUUUUGUUCAGUUCAGGUGGGUACAGUGUGCCUGAGGUCAGACAUUUUUUUUUUUUUUUUUUUUUGUGUUUGUGUGUGUGUGUGUGUGUGUGUGUGUGUGUGUACACUAACAUUCCCGAGCGUGUGAAUUGAGCUUGGGGUUGAGCUAUUGGGUGUGCAUGUCCUUUUCCUUUACGAAUAAAAGAAUAUUGCAUAUAAAUGUAUGUAUGUAUCAAUAUAGAGGGACAAAAUAACACACACACUCACACUUAAAAAAAAAAACAAAUAAAUAAAAGAUUGUGUUCUUUUCUUCCAAAAAAAAAAAAUCUAUAUAUUUAGACAGGUGGGGUUUUUUGCUCAAUUGCGAUCUUAGCAGUCUUAUAGAAUUGGAAUACUGUGAGCUUUUCUUGUGUGUGAGAGAGUGUGUGUAAGAGUGUGUCAGUGUAUCUUUUUGGGUUCCUCGUGUGUUAUUAUUAUUUAUCCCGUAUGCGUGGUACAGAACACUGGCUUCCCGGUCUUGCGUCUACUCUCGAUUCUGAUUGAUUGAAACGCUUGCGUGUGAUUGGUCAGGAGAUGCCUUAGGGGCGGAGUUUUAUUUUAAUUUAGUUUUUUUUUAAAUUCCCUCUUUCUUUGACGCUCCUGCUUCAAGAGUCAGAUCCGUCCUUGUUUUCUUAAACCGCGUACCAUUUAUCCUUGGACGUCGUCUUCCUUCCAUCGCAGUCUUAGUUUUUUUUUUUUAGUUUUUUUUUUAGUUUUUUUUUUUUAAAUAUACAUCACCUCUUUUGUCGUGGCAGGUUUUCCGCACACACGCACUCAAUUUAAAACAUUUAAACGAAGAGCUUGAGGACAGGGCCGUCUAGUCGUCUAUCUCUGAGAAAGAAACCUUGCCUGUUAGCGUUAUGUUUAGCAUUAACGGUGUAGCUCACGUUCGGUUCAACGUUUCGUUCCCGUUGUUUUUGCAACUUUUGCACAGUUUCCACGGCGGUUCAACGACUUCGUCCUCAAGCUUGUUAGGUUUUGUCCAAAGAUGUUUAACAGGAUGGAGAACGGCUCAGGUUUUUUUUUUUUUUUUUCUCUGGAAAGAAAAGUCUGUCCGAUAUAGCCGCCUUUUCAACACUUGGAAACCGUGAGAGCGCUAUCCGCCCUCUUCCACAUACAUGCAUAAAACCAUGAUUGGGAUGGUAAUAUAUACACACACAUACACACACCAUAUAUAUAAUAUUUUCCUGCCCUCACUCAACCAUUUUUUUUAAGUUGGUGUGGAGUUGGAGAAUACGGGCGAGAGAGAGGCUGGCGCACACUUUCUUUUUGGUUUCACGCUCAGCACUACUUCAUCAUUCAGCACUUAUGAAAAAGCUGCAGUUUAACUUUUUUGAUGUAAAAGCAGGUAGCACAGAUUGUGUGUAAAAAAAACAAACAAACAAGAAAUGACACAUUAGGUAGAAUUUGCAUUACUCACAGGUAUAAAAAGUAGCACAAAUUAGUCCUCAGUCUCUCUCUCUCUCUCUCUCUCUCUCUCUCUCUCUCUCCUCCAUUGUGUGUAUAUAAUAACUCGCCACAGACAUUUCAUAGGAUUAUCAGAGAUACCCACGACCGUCCCCUGCCUCGACCUGUGUGUGUGUGAGUGAGCGUAAUAAACGGUUACAUCCUCAAGCUGUCGUAGCUCGCAAACCCGUAGUGUCUUAACUGCAGAUGCCUUUCAGCCGUUCUCCAGCAUCGUCCCGUCCCGCGCUGGCGAUAUGUCCGCCGGUAGUCCCAUUACGCCGUUCCUCCUCUCGUUUGUCUCGGAUCACUUUACUAAACCAGGCGUGUUUUUUUUCGUUUUUACUUUAUAAUGUAUGUAUUUUCCCUCCUGCUUGGUACAAUAGCAGUUACCUCAUUUUUACUAUUUAUGGUGUUUUUUUUUUUUAUUUUUAUUUUGCUAAACGAAUACGAGAGCUUCUGAUCCUUUUUUUUUUUUUAAAUGGGUUUUAAUUUGUUUGUUUUCCAUUAAAAAUACAAUUGUAUCGUUUAACAUGUAGUUUCUUAUGUAUAAUAUCUGUAACCAAAAUCAUUUGAAGGCUUGAUAUAAAAAUUUUUAACAAACAUUUGUACAUUUUCUAUGAGAGUUAUUACUAGUAACACUUUACUAAGUAGUGCAAUGAUUUAUUUUUUUUCCCUCUCUGUCCCUGAUUCCCAGUCGUUUGGAUUUUAAAGGGUGGUUCAGUAAUAAAUGUAUAAUGUUCUCUUCCACAACC